UCCGUCGCAGUCGGUUCGUUCCAUCGUACGUUCCUGCUGUCGCGUUGUGUACUCCGUUUUCAUUCUCUCUCCACCUUUCUCUCUCCAACUCUCUCUCUCUCCCUCCCUCCGCGCUCUGUCCGCCACCUCAUUCCCCCCCCUCUCUCUCUCUCUUUCUCUCUCUCUCUCUCUUUGUCUCUCUUUCUCUCCCGUCAACGACACCGAGUUCCGCCCAAAGGGAAGCACAGCCGCGCUUUUCCCUGAACAAGGCGCGUCCUCGAUCCUCAUCGUGCUCCGUUUCACGUGUGCGAAGUGUACUUCGCCGAUCGAAAGGGUGAGAGAUUUCGUCGAUUAGUGCGAUCGACGUUGCGGCCGCCGUUGCUUUCGUCAUCGCGGUGAGUACGUCGCAUACCUCCUCAUCGUCGGCCAGUGCGCGCUUCUCGAAUACGCGGUCACGCAUGCACGCAUGGACAAGCAACGGCGACGCGGCACUGCCCAAUGAUGGCCGUGCCGGGCAUUACCGUUGACGUAGUGAUGUAUUAUUAGUGGUGCGCGUCGCGGGAAAGUGCUGUGUCGCUCGUCUCGCUCUCGCUCUCCCGUUGCUCACUUCGCUCCGUACAUCUCGGCUUCGAUAACCAACGCGAAGUGUGCGCCGGAAAAUCAGUGAUCGCGGUUGAGGGAAGGCACGAUAAUACGUACGCGUAUUUCGCCCAUCCCGCCCGCCCACGCGAGUUUACCCAGUGAGAGUUUCAUAUCAGUGUACGACAGUUUUGCUCUCUGUGUGGAUUAUCAUAUUGGAUAUACUCGUAUUGUCAUAUUGGAUAUACUGCGCUCUGUCGCGACCCAGGACCACAACACGCGCGUCGUCCCUUGUCGCAGACGACGGACCAGGAGAUCGAGAUUCCGCUUGGCGGAGUCCUACCUCAAAGUAAUCAAGAGUCAAGGAAAGCCAGAAUUGACCUGGUAAUAACCGGAACGAUCUUUCACAUCACGUCACCCGGAGAAUAGAAGGAUCUCGAGGAUAAGGAUCGAAUGGGAAUUUACAUACUUUAAAUUCAUCUCUCUGUGGGCCUCGCAUGAAUGAUACAGCUUGCAUAACGAUCGUCGAACACAUGGCGUUGCGAUGAACAAGAUGCAGAGACAAAGCCGGCGUAGCUCGGAGGUGGAGGUUGCGCUUAUGCGCCCUGUAAGCACAGCUGGCUAAUAGCCUCGGAGCCCGUCCCCGACACCCUGCAGCCACACCAGAUUAGCAGUCGGCGUGACAUGGAUGUGAGCUUCACGAACGUGUUAGAGGGGGCUCGCCAGUACUUCCAGGGAUUGCCCGUACCGAGUACAGGUGAUGGCGCGGCCACGUCAGUGGACCUCCACGCGACAUCCUCUACGAAUUCUGCCUCGUCCACAUCGACGACGACGAACGAUCAUGAUGCAUCGUCGCAGCCGACUCAGUCAAUCUCGACUUCCGUCAAUAGUAGCAGCGGUAGCAACGUCCAGGAGUCGAAUCGUUACUCCACUGACGUCAGACCGACGUUGUCGGUGGAGAGCAGCAGUACUGCUUCCGGUUCUAGUUUCUGGAAUCCGCACGUGGAACCUUAUCCGCCGCAGCCGACCAAGGUUGAAGUCCCAGACACGAGACCAGGCGAUGAAAGCUCCGCCAUGGAGCCCAGCUCCUCUUCGGGCACUGUUACUUUAACCGAAAUGCAACCUUCUAAUCACCAAUCCUCUUCCUCUUCCCCCGCCGUUGCCUCCAUCGCAUCGUCAACGAACUUCUCGCAGAGAUCACCGCCAAUAUCGUCAUCGUCUUUGUCGUCCACCCCAUCCUCCAGCGAUCACAAUCAUCAUCACCAGAUACAUACUUCGACCGCAAACUUGUCGUCACACUUGCAUCAGAUGCAACCGCCUCAGCCAUCACAUUCCCCAGGACCGGUGUAUCAGCAACUCAAUAACGUUAGCAGGUCAUCUUUCAACACGGCGGAGAUGCUUGCCUCUUCUUCGUCACACUCCGUUUCGACUUAUCAGGCCGUGAGCAACAAUGAUCGGCAGUCGCAGCCAAUCGUCGUGCAGAGAGCUCAAUAUUAUCCGCGCUAUCAUCAUCCGGACAUCACAAAAUGCGCACCGGCUCCAUACUCGCAGAGUUCCAUUUAUCAGUCCGCUAAUGUAGCGCAGCCUUCGAGCACAGUUCAACAACCGAGCACGAGGCCGACACCGAUGGAGCAGAACAAUAUGUCGUCAUCCGGAAUCGUCGCUCAAGGACAUUGUCCGCCGGAACAGCAACGAGUACCCGGUACUUACGGCAACAAUAUGCCGUCUGUUCAGAAUCCUCUCGGCGGAUCUACUGUAUACGGAUCCAGCUCCUCUUCCUCCUCCUCUUCCUCUCAGAAUUACCGUUCCGCGAGCCAAUAUCAACAACAAGCCCACCGUCUGGCAACCGCUUCCACUUCGAGCCUCAAUGACAGAUCGCAUAGCUCGGACGGGCCGCAUUCUUCCACCGUUCCUUUCUCUUCGUCGUCGGCGAUUAGCCCGCGUCAGCCCGCUGCAGGCAAUUCCUCCUCCAGUCACAUUCCUUCGCAGUCGCAAUCACAGAAUCUUCCGGGGCACAUUCCGUCGCCGUCCGCCGCCUCUUCGGUGCACCAUCAACAACAACAGCAGCAGCAACAGCAGCAGUCGUCUCUACAACAGCAACAUCCUAGUCGUAUAAACGUGUCACCACACUCACACGGUUCCUCAUACGGAAGUCGCGUGCUACCGCCGCCCUCGCACGGCGUCCCCACGUCGACCUCUUCCGCCGCGGCGGCGAAUCAUUCGCAGCAACAUAUGCCACCACCGAGCGGCUACCACGCGGGAACAACGCCGUCGCCGCAUCAUGAGAUGCCGUCGCACCACGCCACGCCGUCGCCGCAUCAUGCGACUCCGUCGCCACAACGGCAAUCGCCCCACGUGUCCAAUCUACACAAUCCGCAUGCAUCUCCAUCUCCUCAUCAUACACCUUCUCCGCACAACAGCUUUCAGCCGCACUCGCCGACUUAUCCGCCACCACCGCCGUUGCCGCCACCGCCGGCUUCGUCUAGGUCGACGCCACAUUCGUACAACUUGCCAUCGGUCACCUCUCAGCAUUAUCAGACGAAUUACGCGGCGACUCGUGAAACGGCAAUGGCGUUGCCUUAUGCACCGCCGCCAUCGUCUCAAUCUUCGUACCAUUCCUUCCAGAAGAGCUCGCAAUCGGAGUCUCAAGGGAGUAAUUAUUAUUCUCAGUCCGGCCGAUCUCACAAUCAGUCGUAUGGUAUGCAGCAGAUGCUGGUACCACCACAAACGGUAUUUCCCGGCACACCUAGUAGCAACAAUCUAGGUAGCUAUCAGCAGAGCGGCAGCAAACAUGCUACAUAUAAUGGUGCAGAGAUUGCGAAGAGGAGUGCGAUAGAUGUUGCGACACCUUACGCUACGCAUCGUUCAUCCGCGCAAAGGAACAGUAACACGCACAAUCUCCCACCUAUCGCCGCUCUCUCAUCCUAUCAUUCCAACAGGCGAGAAUUUUUGGGAAAAUCAGCACAGUCAAUGGUGCAACGACAACGAAUACACUCGACGAAUGUUAACAGCAAAGUGCCCGCCGCAAUGCCACCGACGACACCCUCGUCGAUGGCAAUGCCCGCGCAGAGACUCGCCGAGUAUCCGAUGACUCCGGCCUCGGUAAUGAACCACGCGAUACCGGUGAAUGGCAGGACGACCACUGUGACGAAUAUGACGUACGGUACUCGAUAUAGCGGUCAACAAGGCUAUCUCUCGUCGUCGUAUGCCACUACGCUUGCGCCCAGUCAUCAUGGCAGCAACUCCACCGGCAGUACCACAGUGACUUCUAUCAGUCAUGGCGGCAUUGGCAGUGCGAGAUCUUCCGUUUCAACGAUUCACACGUAUCAGUCUUCCGACGAGUCGGAUCGAACAGCAGGAUCGUCGUCCCAUCAUCAUCAUCAACAUCAUCAUCAUCAUCAUCAGUCAUCAACGCGAGUGACAACCGAAAAUUAUGGUUAUAAAGAGUAUCCCCCUUAUCAAAAUCCGGCAUCGUCUAGUGGUAGUCAAACUGCUCCCGCCGCUGCUAUGGCGACUUCUCCAUCGCCGAGCAGCAUAGUUCGGAAGAGAGAGUCGCCUCUGGAUUUAUCCGUAAAAACAGUUAAGACAUCGGCCGAUUCUACGGCGCAGGAUGAUCUCGAAACCACCAGUACUGACAAACAUGUCAGUAGCUCGAACUUAAGUACCGCCAGGAGUAAUGUGAAUAGAUCUAUGCCACCUCCACCUGCUGUGCAUCAGUCGACACCAGCUCAGCCGUCAUAUCCUUCGUCGUAUGACUCUAGACCCUCGAGUAAUAGUUCGAGAAAUUCCAUGCCCGUAACCUCUAUCCGAGCAUCGACACCGCAGACGGUGUGUGCACCCAAGGUCGAUUUCUUGCCGGAUUUCAACUCGACGCCGCUACGACAUCAAUCGCACCACGAGAAUCCUCUUCGUAGGAGCACCACGCAGCUGUACGUUCCGCCCGCUCAGCCUCUCUCGUCUCAUCAUGCGAACAAUACGGCACCACUGCCUCACAUGUCCACAUUCGUCAAGAAACGUCCACUGCCCACAUCACUGUAUGACGGUCUGACGAUACCGCCGCCUUCGUCAUCGUCAUCCGCGUCGUCUGCAUCGUAUCUCCAAACAAAUGAUUCCAUGUCCUCGAGAUUUUCUAAGUAUUCCUCGAUGAUGGACCCGUCGUCACGGGUCGGUGCACCUACACUGCCCGCGCAGGAUUAUACACCCGAUCCCAACAAGUAUUAUUUAGGCGAUAGCAAGGCCAAAUUUGAUCAGCAAUUCUCUCAGCGUGAACGCAUGCCAUUCAAAAGGUCUGGAGAAGCGAUCUAUGGUGUAGGAAGUCCGAGCAAGCAGCCUAGGGUUUCUUGGCGAGUACCGAGUACCGACAAGCAAAUAGCUGAACCGAAGCUGUCGACUGCAAGCGUAUUGAACGAACAGCAGAAACGACAAGAGAUGAGCUUACCAGUUCCUUUACCAAACGGAACUCUUGUGACACCCGGCGUUUACGAUCAGAGACCUGACAGUGGCGGUUAUUCCGCGCCGGAAUCAUCUAGAUAUCAGCCGACUUACUGUGAUAAGAAGACCUAUCCGGAGUCCAAAGUUGUGCGGAGCUCGCCUUCGUCGUACAAUCACCCGGUAAUCUCGAAACCUAACGCGAACAUGCACGUGUUGCCGCAACAGUUAAGCGGCGCUCAACCAAUCUACUCAAAUUACCGUCAAGCAGUUCAGAAGACGACAUGUUCUUUGAGUGCAACGUCUGGUGGUCAGCCGAUAGAUCAACCUAGCAAUACUGGUGCUGACAAAAGAGUACUAAGUUUGCUGAGAAACAGUCUGGAGAACAAACAGCAGAGGGAUGAACAGCUCAAUAGCCAGCAGCCCAUUUUGGUUAACCAUAGCCAGCAAAGUUUCCAAAAUAAGGUUGUCGCGCCAGUCGAACCUAAAACGAACAUCGGCAGACAUAAUCUGUCACCAUUCACGGCGGCGAGUCUGCUAGAGCGCAACAGUAAUACACCGCCGCAUUACAAGCUCCACGUUCCACGAGCAGUAGACUCGAUCACUCAAGAGGCACCGCGCAGCAUGUACGCCUCGAGGGUGAACGCAUCCGCCACGUUACCUGGCAAGGAGGCUUCCCUCGUGGGACCUCGCGGCGCCGAGAUUCAUCGUGACAAAGAUGACGGCCUCGCCGCGAUCUUAGCCGCGAAAAUUAGGACGAAGGCAGAACUCAAACAAGUCGGAAUCGGGCAGUUUACAACGAAAGCACCUUCUCAGGAUAUAUCGUCUACGCCGAAAGAGAUUGAUAACGCGGCCUCGACGUCGACACCGCAGUCCGGCUCAUCCGCGGGUAGCCCACCGAAAUUAACGCGCGAAAAAACAGUCUGUUUGCUGCCCAGAAGACGUUUAUUCUCGAGAACUGAUGACGACAAUAUUCCUGUAGCUGCAACCGUGCCUGCCGUCGUUACAGUCGCAUCCACGGUACCGGCCAGAGCGAGCGGAUGCAGAAGUUCAUCCGAAACGUCGGUCUUCGAUUUCCGGGAGAGCGAUUCCGAAGGCGAGAUGCCGGUUCUCGAGCGGCAAACUUUAGAGGAGAUGAGGAGGGACAGAAAACAGUUAUCCAAAGUGCAACCCCCGAUUCCUCUCAAUGAUGCGGUGUGCAUGAAUAUGGCAUCCUCGACGGAUCUUGUGAAGAUAGAACUGAAGGAAAACGACAAAAUCAACGAUAUGGAUCCAUUUUGGAGUACCGCUUGUGAUAAGUUUAUGGAACAAUUACGCGCUGGCGACGCCGCGAAGAAACGAGGUCGUAGGAAAAAAUUGACGUCGAAGCUCGAGGACGCAGCUAACGACAGCGACAAGGAAUCAGAUAUCAAUGUAGCGCAGUCUUGCAAGUCUGAAGAUAUUAAGGAAUCGCUAGAAACGAAUAAGGAAGACAAAAACUCGAUUCUUAAGGAAAUUAAAAUCAAGACAGAACCUGGAUUGAAGAAGGAUGAUGAUAAACACUCAGGCGACGAUUCGGACGAAGUGCCGCUAAUUAAAAGAAAAAAGGAGAUAAAGAAAGAGGAUAGUGAUUGUGACGAGGAAGUGAUAUGCCAGAGUAGACGAGUUCGUCGUGGCAGUAGAAUCAAACUUGAAUCCUCCAGCGGUAGUGAAUCUUCGAGCGAGGAUAGUGAUGCCAGCACUGAGUUCCAUGGUUCUUCGGUGGCUGACAGACUUCGGGCUAGGAAACGAACUACGGCUAACAUGUCCGAAGGUAUGAAACUUCGUUCAAGGGAUACUACUCCCCAUAAGAAGACAGAAAAGGAAUCCAAGUUGUCCACGCCUCCCAAAGGCGGGACUUCGCAAAAAGCAAAACCAAAACCGUUGUUUGGCGAUGGCAGUGACUUCAGGCCUGGGUGGGAAGAAGAGGUUUAUGUAUAUAAAAAGUCUCUAAGAAUGCCACCUAGGUUAAUAACGGUAUCGAAGCCAUCGCGUUUUCACCGUCUGUCCACGUCGUUGCCAGACUUAGAUCCCGGUUCGCCGGCAUUGUCCGUUUCGAUGGACAGUUCCGAUAUGUGUCUCAGUCGUAAUAAAAGAUUGAUAGACAGCGACAUGGAAUCCAAUUACAGCUUCAGCAUUACUGGACUUGGUAGCAAAAUUGAUGACGAGGAGGCAACUUCAUCAACCACCGUUUCUUGUCCCCCGAAGGCUAUGAUGAAACAUUUCCGAUCAGAGAACAAUUCCAUUGUCGAUGUUCUCGCGCAAAAAGUCGGAAGUGGCGGUGGCAAUCAGAAGGACUCGAAGAAGAAGCAGAACUCAAAAAGUAGUAAGAUUCUUAAUAAAAGUAGUAACGAGCCAGAACUUUUGCCGACGCCGAGUCUCACACCGCUUGUCUCUGAGAUAUCAAAAAAUUCUAAAAAUAAAAUCUCGUUGAAAAAUAAUAAAAGUCCGAUUAAAGUCGCAAAUUCCGUCCUUCUCGGUUAUUUCCGCAAAGAGACGGUUAAUAAUUUCCGUGAUGCAUUUAAAAACAAUCAUGCGCUACCCAACGAGUUCUCUACUAUGGUAUUGAAAAGCAGAACAAGAAUGGAGACAAAGGUCUUGAAGAAAGAGGCAACUAUUCGCGAAGUAUUCGGUGAAGAUAGGCCCGCAUCAGCUCCACCGAUGCAAAAUCACGAUGACACAUCUCAAGACGACGAUUCACAAAACGAGAUACCGGAAACCGUGUUGGGUAAAGUACGAACGUUAAAACAGAAAGUAGUAUCCCGUUUGAGAAACGCCGGUAUAUUACGAAGUCACAAGGCGAUUGCGAACUCGAAACGUCGUUUAUUAACUGCCGAAAGGCGGAAGGAUUUGCUCAAGUCGCUUGCAAAUAAAAAACUACAUCGUAUCAAAACUGAAAUAGAACAUGAAGAGGCGAAUGACGUUAGGGAAGAGGAGAACAAUGACGAGGAUGACAAGAACGAUUUGGAAAUUCGUAAUAAAAAGAAGUUAAAGCUCCGACCUGGUCGACGGAAAUUCCGCUCGGGAUUUGAUUACAUACGUAAAAAGAAGAAACCACUGAAGAAGGAUGAGGCAUUGCCGAAGGAAAGGAAAAGACAAAGUCAAGCUAACAAACCAAGUCCGGAGUGCGUAGCCGAUAUUCAAUCUGAAAUCAGGACGUGGGUUAUCAAGAAAGGCGUUGGAGAAACUAUACUACACCGCGCUGCUCGUCUUGGUUACACGGAUGUGACUGCUUAUUGUCUGGAGAAGCUCAAUAGUACGCCGAGUCCCAAAGAUAAUGCGGGAUAUACGCCACUUCACGAGGCUUGUUCCAAAGGUCAUCUGGAGAUCGCAAAACUCUUGUUGGCUUAUGGCGCAAAUGUUAGCGAGAGUGCUAACGGUGGUAUUAGACCGCUUCAUGAAGCAGUAGAGAAUGGUGCUACGGAACUUGUACGGUUACUGCUGUCGUACGGUGCCGAUCCAUUAUUGGCUACUUAUUCCGGACAAACGCCGUUGAUGUGGGCCGUUGACACUGAAACUAAGUCUAUUCUAGAACAACAUUUGGAUGAUAUCCAAGGUCGUGUCACUGUGCCAUGGUCAUUCACUGGUCCAGCUUCUAUUUUUGAUCCAGAAGAAACAGGUUACAAUCCACUCGAUAACGUUCCAUCAGACAGUUCUGAGUUAAUUGAGCUAAAUGAUGUUGAGAUAGAAGUAAGCGACAUUAAUUUACCUGUCCUCUUCACCCUGAACAACGAUCCCGACAAAUGGGUGCUGCUUCAAGAUCUCAUGGCAAUUUUGCGAAUAAAGAGUCGCGAUGCUCUUCUCCGUCAAAUUAAUCCGAAGGCUCACUCCGGGCCACCUGCAAUUGCGCAUCGCGAUGUUAUGCGCGAAUUGAAGCUGCCGGAUUUUCUGGAACAGACGCGCUGUUGUCAUUUGCUGAGUGGUGGCGAAAGAAUUAAUGUGCGUGGUUCUAAAGUCACGCUCAUCAAGUAUAACGACAAGGUGAAAUCCCUGUUAAACGUAGAAAAAGUGUUGAUUAAUCUCAGGUGACAGGAGGCAUCUCUGGGGCAAUUAUCUCCCCAGAUAUCAAAACCAUCAACCUCGAUUCUAACCAAGGAACAUCAUAAGAAAGUCGAAGGUAAAGGUAGCACAAUUACUACUGUAAAACGCCAACGGCAACAGGGAAAGAAGCGACAAGAAACACGUAAUAAAAAUUCUAGUGGUUGAUUCUAUAGCAAAUCAUAUAUCCAGACUUAACAAUAAUUGUGAGAGUCGUAAUUCGAAAGCUAAGAGUUUCACUUGAAUGUGGAUGUUACAAAGAGCAAAAAAUUCUAGUAAAAAACUUAGAUAUGUUAAAAAAAAGAAGAGGAGCAAGUUCCUGCAAUAUAUCGCAAGAAUCCUACAAUAAUAAAGAUCGAUGACUUUACGCGUUUAUAAAAAAAACCUCGGAUUUUUUUCGGUUUGUUUUAUCCUUUAAACUGAUUGAUAUUGAUAAUUGAUUUUCUCUUUUCGAUCUGUAUUUUAUGAUACACAAUAUAAUGAAAUAAAGCUUAAAUAAGGUAAUAGAAAACAUAUAACGGUUCCGUUCCUAUAUUCGUCAACUAAUCAUUGAUAUCUGAAUAAAUAGACGGAGCAUUAGCUAUCCGUUAAGACAAGGGAGGGCUUUGAUAUUCACAGUAAGGAGGAACUCUAUGAAUUUCGAUUGAAUUCGGUUAUUCCUGAUCGGUUAAUAAUUCGACUCCAAUCAUUGACAUCAAAGUUCAGCUUACAUAUAUUGUGCGAAGUUAUGUUGUGAUUA